AGUUUCCUUCAAGCAUAAGUUCUGUCUCGAAUCGCCUCUAUAAAUUUUACCCAUUUUCAGAACUAAAUUCAUCAAAAUUUCUCUUCAAGAGCCUUUUGCAAUAACUAAAAAAAUGGCAAUAAUUUCUAACAAAAUCAUCUCAUUCACAAUACUACUUUUCAUAACCAUCAGCACAACUAAUGGUCAAGCUCAACCAAAUCAAUCAACCUUGGUGUUCUACCUACAAGAUGUCGGAAAAGGACCUAAGGCAACUGUUUCACCGGUUAUAGGCAUCAAUGGCAAGGUUUGGUCCUAUAACUCAUUUGGAACAAUAUUUGUUGUUGAUGAUCCUGUUACAAUAAGUCCUAGCUCAUAUUCAACUCAAAUUGGACGGGCUCAAGGUACAAUUACGGUAACUGCUCAAGAUGGUGCAAAUGUGAACAUAGUUUUGUCACUUGUGUUCAACAAUGCGCAAUACGCUGGUAGCACUUUAGAAAUUAAAGGUACAAGUCGACAGCGUGAUAACUUAAGAGAGCUUGGUGUUGUUUCUGGAACUGGAAGGUUUCGAUUUGCAAGGGGAUUUGCUGUGUUUGAAACUAUAUCUUAUGAUCCUACCUAUAGUCAAUCUGUUAUUAGGUUGACUGUAACCUUGGCAAUACCUUGAAAAUAUAUGUAUAAUUAUAUGAUUAAUGCUUGUUAAAAUUGAACAUCAUAUCAUAUGGAUUUAUGAUGAUACAAGCUUCAUAUAUGUAACAAUAAAAUAAAAUCAAAGAGCAUUG